GGAAGAAGAGUGACGCUGCCCAAAUGCAGAGCAAUGAAUGGCCCUGCCAAUCUAAUUGCGCCAGUGCUAUGGAGGAGACCCGGGCUCGUACAUUCCCUCAAGGCCGUUCAGAAUGUCAUUGUCAAUGACAAGCACUGCUUCGAGAUGUACGGCUUUGACGUCCUCAUCGACAAGGACCUCAGGCCCUGGCUCCUGGAGGUGAAUGCCUCGCCGUCAUUGACCACGACAACUGAGGACGACCGCCUUUUGAAGCUGCGGCUCAUCAACGACGUGCUGACCAUCGCAAUGCAGGAGAAGAAAGGACUCCUCGAUGGCGACGAGGAUGCUGCACUUGGAGACUUUGCCUGCAUCUACGAUGAGAAGCACCAGGAGAAACGCACCACGCGCCCAGAGGAUCGAAGCUUGAGCAGAGGCGCCAGCAGGCGAAUCCCCGGAGAGCGCUUCUCCAGGACUGGGUACUGGCGAUGACAAAAACGAGGCACGAUGCAUUGCCCAAAGAAGGCAUACGGAGACAAAAAGAGGUGCAGGGCCG